GCCGCAUUUAGUCUUGUUUAUGCCGGCUAACAUGCAACAUAAGCGUCGUCGUUGUCGUGUUUCAAAUCGCGCGCAGCAAAUAUUGUUAUCGUCGCCGUUUACAAACGCCGUAAGUGCAAAACGUUGCCAAUCGUUAUCGUCGCAGCAGCAACAGCAACAGCAAAAGUAAUAGUCGUCGCAAUCGUCGUCGUCGUCGUCGUCGUCAACAUAGCCGUCGUAUCGUCAGCAGCGUCAAUCGUUGUCGCCUUUGUCUGCGGAGUCGAGUAGAGUUGUGUGGCAACGUCCUAAUGUACAACAAGCGUACGUUCGUUGCUUAAAAAGUGCAAAAACCACUAGUUACUAACCUAAAGAGCUGCGCUAAAAGCUAAAGAGAGUGAAAAAACCAAGUGUGGAAAUUAAAGAAAUCGCAAAAAAAGCGUAAAUCAGCGGUAAAUUGUUCGUUAGUGAGCGUCUAUAAUUGCAGUGUAAACAGUCGGUAGCCACACACGGGCACAUUUAAGCCCGCAGACCGUACGCCGUACACCGUAAAGUGGUAGUAGUAGCAGUCGCCGUAGCAGCGACAGCAAUAGCAAUAGCAACAACAGCAAAGUCAGACAAAGCGAGCAGAGCGCGUGAUGCAUGCGUACGCUUUUGGGCCAAGUCAAGAGCAACGAGAUACAGUCAGACGUUUCGGCAUCUAGUUUCCGCAUGCAGUAAAAGCCGGUUAGACCGAGAAUUGAAGGUUAGCGAAAAUAAAAAUAAGAAAGUGCUUAAAAGAAACUAGCGAAUUUCAUGCGUGUUUCGUGGAAAAUAAAAGAGUGCCAUUAGAUAACGAGCGAGUGCGGUGGUGAAGAAGUUCAUGUGUAAUAAAACAAGACGCCGGUAAGCGUGAGUGCAGUGUUCGGCGCGUUCAUUUAAUGGGCCAACCAGUUUUAAUGUGAAGUCACAUAAAAAUAUUUUCCAGCUACUAGCCGGCAAUAAUAAAGUACGUAGAUUCAGUGUAAGCGCACAACUUCGCGCUUUUGAUUCAAGUCCCACACACACACACACAUGUGCGACAUAUGGCUGUGUAUGUAAGCGCCUAUGUUUGCAAGAAAAUUCUUCUUACUGCCUGAAGCAGCAAAAGCAAACAGUCUCUAAUCGAGUUAAUAUCAACAGUGCCGGAGCCAGCAAGCACGUCAAUAGACUGAUAGCGGCGUAUGCAAAAAAAACAGCAACAACAACAAGCAAGAAGCAAACAACGUAUACACGCACAAGCAGCUGCUGCACGGCACAAAGAAAAAGUAAAUAAAAUACAUAUAAGAAAUUUAAAAGUACACAACAACAACAAUAACACUAAACAGUGCGCUGCCAACGUCUUGUGUGUGUGUAUGUGUGCGCCGGCAGGUGAUAUGCGGUGAUAAGCGCCGGUAGCAGUGACAGCAAGUGCAAGUAACAACAAGAAAGUGCGCUAGAGAAAACAUUGAAUCAAAUGUAUGGCAAAAGCAAAAACAAAUACAAAUAAUUACAAAAGAAAGGUGUGCAAGUCAAACACAGGCGUCACAAGUUGCUCAACGCACACAGGGCUAAAAUAAAGUGCAGAUAUCUGUGUAUGCAAGUGUGUGUAUGUGCUCCUGAAAAAAAAGUAGAUAAUAACAAUAAAAAUUAAAAAUAAAAAAUAACUAUAAAUAUAAAAAAAAAACAAAUUCAAUUAGGAAGACUACUGCAUUGCAAGCUAUUUUUGGAAAUAUUAUCGCUUUUUGCCAGCAAAAAAAGUUAAAUUAAAAAAUCUCUUAAGUUCUGAAACAUGUUCUGCGAAUCAAUUAAAAUUGCAGUGUAAAAAGAAUCAAAAUCAAAAUCUGCAAAAUUUCUAUAAAUUUACCAUAAUUCGUUUUAAUUUUCGGAAAGUGCUCAGCAGUGUAAAAUAUUAACCGUUAUAAGCGAAAUUGUGCAGCAUGUGUCAACAAUAAAUUUUAAUACAAUUUCAUUCCGCUGUCUAGACGCCUACAUAUUAUACUUCGCUUCAUUUUCGAAUUAUUAAUGCAAACGCGCACUUAUGUGUGUGUGUGUAUGCGUGUGUUCGUUUGAGCGGCGCAAAUGUUUGAUUGGUGCUUUAUUAAUUUUAGCUGAAAUUUUAAUUAAAAACAAAACAUAAGAAAAAAAUCGCCAGCAAAAACAGCAACAAAAAUUGAAAGCGUCAAAAUUGAAAUGCGAAUAUCAAAAAUUAACACAGAAAUAGCAUAAAGAAAUUAAAUAAAAUUCAGUGGCCACAAACGCGAAAUUCACAUACACACAUACCUACUUCACAAAGGAGAAAUUAUGCGUCAGCUUUGAAAUAAUUUAUUUAGAAUUUUGCGGUUGGCAAUUAUCAGUUGAUUUUUUUUUCAACUCAACAACAACAACAGCGUGCACGGUUCCAAAUAGCUGAAGCGCAACCGUUGUCAACCAGAGUACAGUGAGUUCGUUAGAGGAGCGAAAAAUAAGUGUUAACAUAAGAAUAAAAAAUAGUUGUAAUUGUUGUAAAAAUAAUAAAGAAAUUAAUAUUAAAAUUAGCUUGUGUAAAAGUUGUGUGAAAAUAAUUCAAAAACUCAAAGUGCAUAGAAGUUGCAAGAUAAUUAUUAAAUCGGCAAAAUUUUAUAAAUUUCAAAAAUUAUUUUUCACAAAAGUGUAAAAAUAUUUCAAUGAAAACGGAGUCGUUGGAUUUUCAUAGUAUGGAUCUCAAUAUGGAUAUACUACCGAGCGGGAAUAUAUUCAGCGAAUUGGAGCACGUCUGCACCACUGGCUACUUCUCAUCACAACCAUCUAUUGAGGAUCAAUGGCAACAGACUUGGUACGAAUUGGAACGCUAUCUGCGCGAUGAACCCAAGUUACAGUCAUACAAGAAGAUUCAUGAACUCGACACAGCAUGGGAUCUGCUGUCGGCGCCGGCGCGCAUCUUCGAGGAACUCAAAAUCAAAGAACAAAACCUCGACUCAGUUUCCACAACGUCUUCAGUGUCCUCAACAUGCUCUGGCAUGUCAUGGGAUAGCAGCGGCACGCAGGCCCUGAGUUGUUCGGUGGUAGUCAAACAAGAGCGCAUCGAUGACGACGAGGAUGAGCUGCACUCGGAUAGCUGCGAGGAGAAGUACACCGCUUCUGCGUUGGCCACUUCACUGGGCAAUGCCGCCGCCACUUCGCUAGCGUACUCGCCAUGCGGCUCCGCAUCGAGCACGCCGACGCCGAUCGUUGGCACCAUCAAUGCGGCCCAAAUUGGCACGACCCUAACGGCGGUGUCGGAGAAGGGUAUCAAAUUGCGUGUGAUCGCUACAAAGGCGCACAAUAAGGGCGUUAGCAGUCGUGCCAAUAGCAUUAAUGUGAACAUCAGUAGUGGCCAUAACAGCAACAAUCAAAGCAGCAACAACAGCAACGGUGGCGGCAGCAGUAGUAGUAGUAGCCCGCAGGAUUACAUGUUGCCAACCUUAACGCCGCCAUCGUCACCCGAAUCGAUACGAACCAGCAUCACAAACAAUACGCAGCAACAGCAACAGAGGCAACAGCAACAAAUCGAUGCUAGUACUAUGAGUGCUACCGAACUGGCUACACUUAUACAACAGCAACAGCAGCAGCAACAACAACAGCGCAUCGGUCAGUCGCAAUAUUCCGCUGCAACGCCAACUUCUACCGCCAUACUACGCUUCUCCAGCGCCGUUACGACACUGGUCAAUAGCAGUAAGAAUCCUACCCUGACGUCGACUACAGUUCCUCUAUUACAACAGCAACAGCAAAACCUGCAGCAACAACACCAACAACAAAAGUCGCACUUAAGCAUACAAACUGCCAGCGCCGGCACAAAUACCGAGCCGCAUCCGCCGUCAGCAGCCCAGUCACAGCCAGCAACAUUGUCUUCGUCGUCAGCCUCGUCUACGGUCCACUCCAACAUUCCGCGCAGCACCAUCGUUCGUCUGACAUCGGCGAAUGGCACAAAGAGUGGAGCCAUUAGUUUGGCGCGUGUCAUACAAAUGCAGAACAGCGGCAGCGGAAGUGUGGCAGCAGCGAUGCUGAAUGCGUCAGCCACAUCCAAACAGCAGCAACAGCAAAUGCAACAGCAUGUGAUGAAUAUGGCGGUGACAGCAGCGCAGAUCGCUCAGCGCGGCACACAGCUGCAAAAUCCGCAAGUAACCACAUUGACUACCAAGACCCACCAGCGACACGAUCACAGUCCAGAUGCCAAGCGUCGGAUACACAAGUGCCAAUUUUUGGGUUGUAAAAAAGUAUAUACCAAAAGCUCACAUCUCAAAGCACAUCAAAGAACGCAUACCGGCGAAAAACCGUACAAAUGCUCCUGGGAGGGAUGUGAAUGGCGCUUCGCACGCAGCGACGAGUUGACGCGUCAUUACCGCAAGCACACGGGCGCCAAACCUUUCAAAUGCCGCAACUGCGAUCGCUGCUUCUCGAGAUCGGACCACUUGGCGUUACAUAUGAAGCGCCACAUGUAAAAACAAUUUACAACAAACAACAACAAUUUACAACAAACAAACAACUGAGUAAACAUGACGCAUGAAGUGAGCAAACUGAAAAUGUAUCGUCAAAAACAGCAAAAGUGCAAAUGUAUUGAGACUAGCUGAGAAGCAGUACAUAUGUAGCAGAGUAACUAGUUUAAAGCAAAAAAAGUAUGAAUCAUAAAAAAGCAUACACACUAAAAUUAGUCGUUGACAAGUAUAAGCAUUAAGCGAAAACACACAAAAUGAAAAAAAUAGAUCCUUAUAUAUUAUAAAAAUAAUAAAAAAAAAUAAUGAUAUUGUGCCAUCAACACGCAAAACAUGCAAAAUUAAACAGCUUAGAAAUUAAAAAUUAGUUUUAGAAGACAACGCACACACACAACACACUGAGAAAUUCAGCUAACUAAAUUGCAUUUGAGUAAACGCGACGCGCAAGACACACAACCAAAUUUGUUACGUAAAUUAUGAAGAAUGUUCAUUUUUGUAAGUCACUGUAAAGUUUAGGCUAAUUCUGGAACAAAUAGUAUUUCUCAUUUUGCUUGCGUCUGUUAGGAAGAAGCAACAUACAGAUUAGUGAGAAAGCGAAAUUCAGGUGUGCGACGCCAACAAUGCUGCUUUAAUUCACGCAUACAAUUACAUUAAGUGACAACACAAACAAACAAUUAAAUAAAAUAACAUAAUUCUUUAAGAGCUUAAACAUAAUUUUCGCCUUUUAGUCGUAAUUGUAUUUCGUUUUCUUAUAAAAAUAAUGAAUUUUUUAUUUUAAAAAAAUAUUUAAGUGCUUAAAAGCUCUAACGCGUAAAGCUCGCUGUAAGCUUUUGCGUAUUGAGUACACAGAACAAAUGAUGAAUUUUACCAAAGUAAAGCAAUUUUUUAUUAGUACUAUUAUUGCAAUUAUCAUUAAAAAUUAAACAUAAUUAUUGUAACUAAAAUUUAUCCUUACUUAGAUUUAUUGUCUUUGUUGCGCUUGGUUUAUAAGUUGAAAGCGCGAAGCAGAACAUAUUUAACUAUUAACUUGGUAUUAUAAAUUAGUGUAUUUAAUUAAAUAAAAUGUACUUUCUGCUAGGUUUUUCGCCGGGUAUUAUUAAAAGCUAACUGUAUAUAGAAGCGUAUCAUAGCGAGUGCAGGGCACGAUCUGCGCUAGUACUGUUCACUGUUUAUAUUUAGGAAAAUGUAAGAAUGCUUUGCACGCUGCUUUAGUUAAUAAGUGGGAAGGACAUAAGGAAAAUGGCAAGAGAAAUUAGAACUAUUUGUAUGCGAACGUUUGGCGAUAAAAAGAUUUGAAAGUGUGUGCGAAUUCUGAGCUUUUGCUUUUUCACAUUUUAAAAGCAUUAAGCUCAAAAGCUUUAAAGCUUUUUUGUUAUAAGGAACAGUAUUUCAGAUAUUUCCUUGUUCACAAAACUAUUUCAUUGAGACCAUCAUUUGUUUUCUAUACUUAUUUCGAAAUAUGCUUAACUGAAAAAGCUUCGUAGAACGUUUGUAAGCCAUAUUGGUCCAUACGGUGAAGUAAUGCAUCACAAAAGAUAACUUGAAACCACUUCAAGCUUUCAUGAAGCGCACAUUGAACGCUAAAUCGUGGUAAUAAGAUCAAUAAAAUGAAAGCUACGUGGAAGUACUCAAAACUCGUAAAAAAGUUCACAAAAAUCUCAAAAUACGCAAAACUAAAUUGAAAAGGUCUUCAAUAAUGAGAUAUAAAGCACACAUAUCAAUAUGUGAAAGCUCAGUUUAUCAUAAAAAAGCUUUAACCCUUAAACGCUUUUAUAUAACGCAACUGAAGCUUCGCUUAAGCGAUUGAUGAACUUUUGAAGAUGAAAUAUUUUUUU